UCUUACCCAGUAUGUAGUACAGCACAAGAGUUUGUGGUCAAACGUUGUCAGACUCAGUCGGAACAUUGCGCGGUACAGCUGACCGGUCAGGACGAGGGAAAGGGUGCUGCAGUACCAGUGGUGACCACUGACCAACACGUGCGCACUUCUCAAUCACGAUGACGAAAGUUCAAAAGCCAGGUCUGCCGCGGCUGGAAGCGCUGGAGCGGGUCGCCAACAUACCCAUCGUGGAGUCUGGCAUCGAGGUCACUGAAAAGAUCUACUCUAAAAUCAGGGAAUCAAACGCACUCAUACGCUGGUACCUGUCGCUGGGGGAGCGCUCGCUGGCCACGGGCGUGCAGCUGGCGCUGCCGGCGGUGCAGCUGCUGGAGACGCCGCUGCAGCAGCUCGACCGCUUCCUGUGCAUGUCGCUGGACGUGGUGGAGCGGCGGGUGCCGUCCAUCAACUUGCCGCCGCAAGCUCAGAUGUACUCCGAGACCCGGCAGUACGUGCUGCGUCGCGCCGACUCCGUGAAGCAGCUGGGCACGGCUGUGCUGGACUCGCGCGUCACCACCGCCACCGUCAACGCGUUGGACCGCGCUCUGACCACCGCUGACAAGUACGUGGACAAGUACCUGCCGCCCGAUGGCCAGGAUGCUGCUGACGUGGUGAUCAUAGUGACGGGCGCGGACGUGGUGGACUGCCAGGAAUCGGGCCGCGCGCGCGCCGCCCACGCGGUGGAGCACGGCGUGCGCCUGCGCAAGAAGCUGCAGCGGCGGCUCACGCGCCAGGCGCUGGCCGAGGCCAAGGCCAUCAAGGAGCAGAUACACGUGCUGGUGUAUGUCGCAGAGCUGGUGGCAACAGACCCAGUCCUGGCCUGGGCCAAGGCGAAGGAGCUGUACGCGUCGCUGAGCAAGGCCGAGCCGGAGAACCAGGCGCGGCCCGCCACGCUGGAGGAGCUGCUGGUGCUGCUGUCCAGGGAGAGCGCGCGGAAAAUUGUGCAUCUCAUCAACUACACGCACAAUGAUCUGCCCAAUAAUAUUCGCGCUGGACUGUCCAUUGUGACGAGGCAUCUGUCGACGGCUGCAGACGCUCUGCUCAAGACUUUACCCGUGGAGAGCGCGCUAACAGAAGUCCGCGGCCUGCGCUGCCGUCUCCAGGAGUUGCUGCAACAGCUGCAAGCCACCUCCAAGACCUAUAUGGAGCAUUUAGCCAUGCUAGUGGCAGGAAACGAGGAGAGAGAAAAGAUUGCACCGCGUUCCGUCUAUGGCCAGAGAGACGACUUAGCGACGUUUAAUGGCGUCAACUAGAUAGGUUACCAGCCAAUACUCAGUAGCCUCACUAUGAGUAUCCUCUGACCUAUUUUAAAUUUAUUUUAUUUUUAAAUUUAUUUAAAUAUUGAGAGUGAUUUACAACUCUUAUAUUAGACAUGGACCUGGGGCUGUUGCCAUGUGGAAAGUCGGUUCUCUUUCUACAAACGCUAACGCUUCGAAAAUUAAUAAAUGUAUGGGAAUGAGUAAUGACAUUUGCUAUCGACAGGUCACGUGAUCAAGUUGUCGAUCGGAUCUGUAAUGUUAGUUUUCGAAGCGUUAGCUUUUGUAGAAAAAUAAUCGACGUGCCAUACAAGCCCUUACUCUCUGUCUGGUGUGCAAUAUGUAUAAGAUCAACGAUCUAACGCCUUAUUAUUUCAACUGAAUCGAUAUGUCAUUAAUGUAAUGAUUUUCGUCGUGUAAAGUUUAUAUUAUCUAAUAAGUCUAUGAAAGAGUGUGCAUUUUUAAAACAUGGAGGAUUCUUGUAGCAUUGAGCUGCAGCGCUAUCAUAGAACGAUAUUUCAUAACUCAACAGUCUGAGUUACGAAUUCGUAUCUAUCUCUUUCUGUCUAUAGUAUCAAAACAAACAGAGAGAGAUAGAGUCCCAUUCAAGACUCACACUAUAAAACAUAUGUUUUCUGUGACUAUACAUAGAAACAUCGCUUUAAAAUAGCGCUACGGACCAGACUGUAUAAAAAUCUUUGAUUGGGUGCACCACGGAACUUUUCUAUUUUAAAUUUCUACUACUACAUUUAUUACUUUUCUAGUUUAAAAAGUAAGUACUUAGUUUGUUUGUUUUUGUGCAAAAUAUCUACCUAUACCAUAACUACUACACGUUGUAGUUAAGUAAAUAAGUUAGGCUUACUGAGUUACGAGUACUUCAUUAAGUACCUACAGUAGAUUGACAGAGUACCUACCGCGCCGGAUUAGCCAUAGGGCUGUAGGUGGCAUUCGCUACAGGCCCCGCGCCCGAAAAAAAGAUACAAAUAAAGAUUCAGAGAAAAUUGAAAUUAAGAUGACAAACGGACACGCGAGAGAUAACAAAUUAGUAUUUGUUUUUUUUUCAAACAUAAAAGGGCCCCCUGUUUACAUUUGCUACAGGCCCCGCGCCUGCUUAAUCCGGCACUGAGUACCUACCUACUAAGGUGACCUUACGGGGAUUUUUAUAUAUUGGUGAGGCUAUAUUAGCUAUAACUAAUAUUAUGAAGUAGAUUUUAUGAACACAUAUUUAAUUUUAAUUGAAUUAGGGUAAUUUAAUUAUACUGUAAUAAAGAAUAUUUUUAUUACGCUCUAAAUAUAAGUAUAAUCUAAACAAUUAAUUAUAUAAAACUGUUUAUUCUAAGUUACUCAUUUUGUACUUUUUAUUUAUGUUAAUGUUGGAAAUAAAUUUGAUAUCAGAUA